ACACGGGCUGCCCACAAUGGCCCAAUCAACCCAACCCGGCCCACCUACCUACCUACUUUCCCUUCUCCUAACCCUAACCCAAACCCUAUCACAAACAUUCAACACAAUCUCCAUUCUCCACCAUUUCCAGUGGCAGCCCCAUAUUUGAGUUCAGGAGAUAUGAAUCAGAUUUUUGUGUUGGAAUGAUUGAAAAAGUGAGAGAUUUUGAUUGUUUGGUAAGUGUGAGAUGCCAAUUUGGAAGGCUUUGAAAAGUGGCUUAAAUGAAGACUAAAUACUACCAUCCAUCGAUUUUAUUGCUAAAGGAAGACCUUUAGUUCUCUUCCAAUUUCAUGAAAUUAGUCAAAGCUUAUCUUGUUAAGGUGUGUGUUUCGAAUAAUUGCUAACAUCCAUUAUCAUAUAUUGUUUUUAAGCUUAUAAGUUUGAAUAUGUUGCCUUUUAUCUUCAUUGUGAUAUGUAUGUGUCGUCACAAUAAUCUUGCUUCAAAAGAACUCUAUUGAAAAGAGCUUUUCAAAAGAUCUCACCAUUCGUAUUUCUCAUUCCACACAUCAUCUAGAACAAAAAGAAUGAAACCCAGCUAAAGCAAAGUGUCCCUUAAAAAGUAUGGGUGAUUGUAUCCGACAAUUUUGUUGUUAUUAAGAUAACAAAAACUAUUUUGGAGAAAAUCGUUGGAAAAAGAUGUGAAACUAGCGAGAAGAAAUUUUUUUUCGUUCUCGAUGAUUUGUGGAAGGAAAAAUAUGAAGGGGUUUUUUUUUGAAAAUUUCUUUUUAAUCUGAUGCAAAAGAAAGUAAGAUUAUUAUGACAAUCACAUUGAAGAUUAAGACAAAUGUUCAAAUUUAUGAGCUUAAAAACAUGUCUUAUGAUGGAUGUUGGCUUCUAUUUGAAGAACAUACUUUUGAUAAUGUAAGUUUUGAUAAGUUUCAUGAAAUUGUUAAGAAGUGCAAGGUUUCCUUUAGCUGUAAAAUCGAUGGCUGGUCUUUUACGAUACCUGCGGAGACAUAUACUACAAAGUGAUGUAUGGGAGUUACCAAAUUGUCGCGAUAUUGUUCUAGCUUUGUGGUUGAGCUAUCGAUUUCUUCCCCCUUUGAAGCCUUGUUUUUCUUGUCUAUCAAUAUUUACCAGAGAUUAUGAAUUUGGUGAUGUUGAUAGAAAAAGACUAAUUUUAAUAUGUAUGGCAGAAGGUCAUUUGCAGCCUCAAAUAUGUAUAGUAUUUGAGGUUUUAUAUUAUGAUCUUCUUCUAUACUUGGUAGUCAAAUUCAGAGAGUAAAUACUAGCUUUGUCCUUUACUUAUUCAUUUGUCAUUUAGGCUAAUAAUUUCUUUGAUUAGACAGAGUGAGUAAUGUUUUGAGUAAUCUGUGUCCUUGCUUUUUAGAAAGUAGGUAACUAAAUUAAGUGAUAUUCUUAUGACAAAAUUUUAAGUUGAUAUAAAUUUGAUUGGUUCCAAACUAUUUAUAAUAAUGAAUUUGCAAGGUUAUAGUCAUUUUUAGAAAUGGAAUUAGGCAAAAAAAAAAUGAUGACCUUAUGUUUGUAUAUGUUAUUCAUAUUGUUGUAUUGAAAAUUAUGCUGAGUUACAGACUAUUAUAUGUGUUGCAUAGGCAGUUCCUUUAAAUUGAUCAAUUUCUGGUGGAAGAAUUGGUGAUAUUUAACAAUUUCAUUGAGAAAACUGAAGUGAAUACAGAUUAGUUUGAAAGCUGAAGAAGCUUUGGAUAUUGGAAGAGGGGUUGGAGCUCGCUCGGCUUCUGAUCAGACUUAACUUCUUCUAAGAUUGAAAACGCACAAAGUGAAGAGAAUGUUUCCACGGCAGAGGUGAGUGCAAAGUCGUUAGAGCAUCAUGAAGAAGAGUUGGAAUUGUGAAAGGCGGCUGCACUGCAGAUAUGGGAUUUCACCGAGAACAACUCGAGGAGAAAAUAGAGUCUAAAAGGAAUCAUCUUAAAGAGUUGAACUCGCAAUGGUGAGAUUGCACUGUUAAUUUGCUUAGCUUUUUCAUUUGGGUUUAUCAAACUCUCAUGAAGCCUUUGGAAGAGGAAAAGAGAAGUCUUUAAGACUAGGGGUGUUCAUAAAAUAGCCGAUCCAAUCUAAUCCGCACGAUCCAAUCCAAUCAUUAUCGAUCAUCUGUGUUCUCUUUCUAGCCAUUUUCUUUCCUUAGUGACAAGAAACCAUAAUUUUUUUGUAUUUGAAUUAAAAAAAAAAGGGUAAUAUACAAAUUAAUUAAGAUAUUCUCUGAUGAAAAUUACUUGAUCAUAUAAAUAAUUCAAAUAUGAACAUUUGUUGAAAUAAUAAUAAUAAUAAUAAUAAUAAUAACCAAAAUUUGGUUUAUAUGUGAUUUUUAAUAUUAAUAAAAAUGUAGAUUUGGGGAUAACAAUAUAACAAAUCUUUCAUCUGAUUAUGUAAUUAUUUAAAUUAUUCUCUUAAUUUUAUAUAACAGUUUUGUGUACUUUUGAGAUCGAAUAUUUGUUUAAUUUUUUGAGUCUAAAAUAUAUGUUAUUAAUUUUCAGUUCAUAUCUCCAAUAAUGUUGGCAAUUGUUGCACCACUAUCUAAUGUCAUCAUCCCAUCCUUACCAAACGAAUUGGCAUUGAACAUCUUAGCUCGAAUACCAACCAAGUACUAUGCGGUUUUGUUAGUUGUAUCCAAAUCCAUUAGAUCUGCCAUAUGUUCUUCGCAGUUAUUCGCAGAAAGAAUUUGCCUCAACCUCACCAAACAACUCCUCUACUUCAAAAUUUCCUCCCCAUACCUAGACUCCACCAAAGGGUUAGCCAUCUCUGAUCAAAACCCAAUAGGCAACAAGAAGAGGCUUCUCCAAGCCGUUGAGCUACGAUCAAACCAACCUAAAUGUAAGGUUGUUGCCCAUGUUGUUGUAGACCACAACAUUUAUGUCAUCGGCGGCAUUAGUUAUGAUGAUCUUGGUAAUAAACAUUGUUCCAAUGAUGUGUGGAUACUCAAUUGUCUUUCUAACAAAUGGUAUCAGGGCCCAAACACACAAACGUCGUAUGCUGUUGCUGACACUUUUGUAGCGAACAACAAGAUUUAUGUGGUUGGAGGUUCGUAUGAAAAUCAAUUUAAACAACCACUUAUGGAAGUAUUGGAUCCGGUGGUUGGACAUUGGAAAAAAAUUCAUUUCUUUGAUCACUUGGAAUUAAUAAGAAGAAGUAAGUUUACCCUAGAUGUAUCUAAUGAUAAAAGAAGAGAGUGUGUUGUCGAUGGGGUGACUUAUCGCCCUAUUUUAGAAGGUGGCACUACACAAUUAAUUGGGAAAAUCGAAUGGUAUGAUAAGAGUGAAAGUGAGUGGAAAUUGCUUGGAGAUGUGAUGAAAUGGGAGAAAAGGUAUGCCAUGCGUAUUAAAUUGGUUAAUUUGAAAGAGAGAUUGGUUGCGAUAUGGGUAGAGAGGUGUUUUUUUGAUGAGUCGAUUUUUGAGGUAUGGUGUGGAGAAAUUGAAGUGAGUAAAAAUGUUGAUGAAAAUGGUCAUUUAUUGGGGAAAAUGCUUUAUAAGUUUUGUUUGCUUGAAAAAGGACAUCUUCCUUCGAAUCUACAUCGUAUUUCCUUUGACAAUUCGCUAUUUUUUACAGCACAAAUAUCUGUUACAAUCUAAGUUUUUAGGACAUUAUAUAUUUGUGAAACUUUGCUCUUUUGGUGUAUUAUCCUUUUUAUAUUUUGUUGCUCUAUUAUAUCGAUGAGUACUUUUUUUUUUAAUUUAUUAUUAAAGUGUUUUAUAUUAUAUUUUUGAGUUACAUAUUUGAUAUUCGAUGAAUACUUUUUAUAUAUCCGAGUACUUUUUAUUUUUAUAUGGUCACUUGAGUUAGUUUUAACUAAUUGAUGAGAAUGCUAAUUUAUAAGUAGUGUAUUAAUUUCUUUACAUAUUUGUUUAAAUUGUGUUCAAGAUCAUAUAUAUUUUUAUUCUCUUUGCCUUUCUUUGAUUUUCCGAAAAGAAUUAACAUGUUACCAAUUUUAAACACUACUAUAAUCAAGUACUAAGCCAACUUAUUCAAUCAAGAUGCAAAUAAGUUAUAUAGAAUAGAGCUAUAGUAGAAUUUGAAGAAUU